CGCAUUACAAACUCCGCGAACAGAAGACGGAAAAAGCGUGAGGACUGUCUCGUGAAAUUUUGACAAUUGGUACUACAUUGUGCUGUAGCAGAAUGAAUGGUGGGGAGGUGCUGGCGGCUCAGGUGAAUGGAGAUCUACUUGAGCAGCAUACGGACACUGUGGCAAUACUGGAUGCUGGGGCUCAGUAUGGAAAGGUAAUAGAUCGUAAAGUAAGAGAACUGUGUGUGGAGUCGGUCAUCCUACCCCUGGAUACCCCCGCCUUUGCCCUGAAGGAGACUGGAUACAAAGCCAUUAUCAUAUCUGGAGGUCCUAGUUCCGUCAAUGAUGAAGAUGCUCCUAAAUAUGACCCAGAAAUAUUUCACUGUGGACUACCAGUCCUAGGAAUUUGUUAUGGUUUGCAUAUGAUGAACAAGGAGUUUGGGGGUGUGGUGGAGAAGAAAGAAACCAGAGAAGAUGGACAGUUCAAUGUGAAAGUGGAUCUGGAAUGUUCUCUGUUCAAAGGUUGUGACCCAGAGGAGCCAGUGCUACUCACACAUGGAGACAGUGUGGGUAGUUGUGCAGAUGGAUUCAAAGAGGUGGCAUUUUCUGGAAAUAUUGUGGCAGCUAUAGCCAAUGAAAAACUGAAGAUGUUCGCAGUCCAGUUUCACCCCGAGGUGGACCUGACAACCCAUGGGAAGACUAUGCUGAAGAACUUCCUGUAUGGUAUAGCAGAGUGUAAAGGCACUUACAACAUGAAGGGGAGAGAGGCGGCUUGUUUAGAAUAUAUAAGAAAAACUGUGGGCGAUCACAAAGUACUUAUGUUGGUAAGUGGAGGUGUGGACUCCACAGUGUGUGCUGCUUUACUUCACAAAGCACUGAAGGAAGACCAGGUGAUAGCUGUACAUAUAGACAAUGGUUUCAUGAGAAAGAAUGAGAGCAAAAAGGUUGAAGAAUCUCUAAGAGGACUAGGACUCAAGUUAAAAGUUGUCAAUGCCAGUCACACUUUCUACAGCGGCUACACGUCACUGCCAGUUGACAGCUCUGAUCCCAACUCACGGAAACGCAAAACAAAAACCUUAAAUACAACCACCAACCCAGAGGAGAAGAGGAAAAUUAUAGGCGACACGUUUAUGAGGGUAGCCAACGAAGUUAUUGAUGAAUUAGACCUGAAACCAGAAGACGUAUAUUUAGGUCAAGGCACCCUCCGUCCUGAUCUGAUAGAAAGUGCCUCUGAGCUGGCAAGUUCUAAAGCAGACGCCAUUAAGACGCACCACAAUGACACAGACCUGGUCAGAGAGCUCAGGAAACAGGGCAGAGUUGUAGAACCCCUUGUAGACUUUCACAAAGAUGAAGUAAGACUAAUAGGCAAAGACUUGGGCCUACCAGCUGAAAUAGUGCAGAGACACCCUUUUCCAGGUCCUGGUUUAGCAAUACGGGUACUUUGUACAGAAGAACCUUAUAUAGAUAAGUCUUUUGGAGAGACAAGUAUCAUAUUGAAACUGAUUAUUGAAUACAGCACUGCCAUUAAGAAGCCACAUGCACUUUUAGACCGCAUCAAACGUGCCACAUCAGAGCAGGAGCAGGAAGCAUUAACGCGGAUCAGUUCCACGGACAAACUAGGAGUCGCGCUAUUACCCAUACAGACAGUGGGCGUACAGGGGGACUGCCGGACAUAUAGCUACCCUGCUGCCCUCUUUAGUGAUACAGAGCCAAAUUGGGAGAAUCUCUUUACCUUAGCCAAACUUAUACCUAGAAUAUGCCAUAAUAUAAAUAGGGUUGUGUACGUGUUUGGAGGACUCCUACAUUAUCCGAUACAAGAUGUCACGCCCACUUUCCUGACAGAAGGAGUAUUAGCGACACUAAGACAGGCAGAUUAUCUAGCACAUAAGGUACUUCAUGAAUCUGGUUACACUCCCAAACUCAGUCAAAUGCCCGUGGUUCUGGUCCCGCUUCACUUCGACCGCGACCCCAUGGGGACCGUGCCAUCUUGCCAAAGAUCUGUGGCCAUCAGGACGUUCAUCACCAAUGACUUCAUGACUGGCGUGGCGGCCGUGCCUGGGCAAGAUUUGUCUAAAGAGAUGGUGAAUCAAAUGGUGGAACAGAUUCUCACAGUCCCCGGCAUAUCCAGGGUCAUGUAUGAUCUCACAUCCAAACCUUCGGGGACAACGGAAUGGGAAUAAGAUCAGAUGAAGACUGAAAUCGGGAGA